GUCCCAGUGAGCGAGCCGACUAUGUCCGAGAGAGUCCGCGAGCUGAUCUAACCCGUCCGCGACCCUUUCUCGCUCUCUCGCUGUCUACCCCUUUCCUCCCCGGAGCUAGCUAGCCGAGAGAUAUCAGGGACAAAACGAGCUUGCCAGAGUUGUAUACAGUACUAACUACCAGUCAUUUGUUUGUCUUUGCAACAGUGGCCGAAGAGCUACCAACCAAAAAGCUGAAAGACAAUGAACGCCUCAGAACAUGGGUUUAACCCAGCCUUUAACAUGGCCUCCAUCAAACAAGCCUUCAAUGAGGCAGUGGAAAGAGUGAGAAUGCCAGCACCUACUCGACUGCGGGAUCUCAUAAGACAAAUCCGAGCAGCAAGAACUGCUGCUGAAGAAAGAACAGUGGUCAAUAAAGAAUGUGCAUACAUUCGAUCUACUUUCAGAGAAGAAGAUAGUGUUUGGAGAUGUCGCAAUAUUGCCAAACUUCUGUAUAUUCACAUGCUAGGAUAUCCAGCACAUUUUGGACAAUUGGAAUGCUUAAAACUGAUUGCGUCUCCAAGGUUCACUGAUAAACGUAUAGGAUAUCUUGGAGCUAUGCUCCUUCUGGAUGAACGACAAGAUGUUCACUUAUUGAUCACAAAUUGUUUAAAGAAUGAUUUGAAUAGCUCUACUCAAUUUGUGAUUGGUUUGGCAUUAUGUACACUUGGUGCAAUCGCUUCUCCUGAAAUGGCAAGAGAUUUGGCAUCUGAAGUUGAGAGAUUAAUGAAAUCACCAAAUGCAUAUAUUAGAAAAAAGGCUGCUCUAUGUGCAUUUCGAAUAAUCAGGCGUGUACCAGAAUUGAUGGAGAUGUUUCUACCAGCUACAAGAAGCUUGCUAACUGAAAAGAAUCAUGGUGUUCUGAUAACUGGAGUAACACUGAUCACAGAAAUGUGUGAAAACAGUGUGGACACGUUAAAUCAUUUCAAGAAGGAAUGCGGCCAUCGAGAGAUUGUGCCGAAUCUUGUCAGGAUUCUUAAAAACUUGAUACUUGCUGGAUACUCUCCUGAGCAUGACGUGUCUGGCGUGUCUGAUCCAUUCCUCCAAGUUAAAAUCUUACGUCUUUUGCGAAUCCUGGGACGUAACGACGUAGAUGCUUCUGAAGCUAUGAACGAUAUUCUCGCUCAAGUCGCUACCAAUACCGAAACCAGUAAAAAUGUAGGCAACACGAUUUUAUAUGAAACUGUUCUAUCAAUUAUGGACAUAAAGUCUGAAAGCGGCCUGCGAGUGCUGGCUGUAAAUAUUUUGGGAAGAUUUUUGUUAAAUAAUGACAAGAAUAUUCGUUAUGUUGCUUUGAAUACAUUGUUGAAGACCGUUUUCGUUGAUACUAGUGCUGUUCAAAGACACAGAGCAACAAUUCUGGAAUGCUUAAAAGAUCCAGAUGUAUCGAUAAGACGUAGAGCAAUGGAGCUCAGCUUUGCUCUUAUUGAUACCAAUAAUAUAAGAAAUAUGAUGAAAGAAUUGCUGAUUUUCCUGGAACGUGCAGAUCCGGAGUUUAAAGCGCAAUGCAGCAGCAACAUUGUAAUGUCCGCCGAGCGGUUUGCUCCUGGCAAACGUUGGCAUCUUGAAACGCUUUUCAAAGUUCUGGUUGCGGCUGGCAAUUACGUAAGAGAUGAUGUCGUUGCUUGUACUAUACAGCUUAUAUCUGAAACGGAGAGCCAACAAGUUUAUGCCGUUAGCGCAUUGUGGCGAGCUCUUGAAAAAGAUACAUAUGAUAAGCAGCCACUAACGCAAGUUGCUACUUGGUGUAUUGGAGAGUACGGUGACUUACUUUUAUAUGGGCCACAUCCAGAAGAUUCUGAUGCUCCUGUUAAUUUGACUGAGGAUGAAGUAAUAGAUGUAUAUCAAAGACUAUUAUGGAGUCCUCAAAACACAGUAGUUACAAAGCAGUAUACUUUGUUAUCUUUGACGAAACUGAGCACACGAUUUCAGCGGGGAAAUGAGAAAAUUCGACAAAUUAUCGACACGUUCGGCAGCAAUCUGCACAUCGAAUUACAACAGCGAGGAAUUGAAUUUUCACAACUCUUCAGGAAAUAUGAUCAUUUGAGACCUUCGUUAUUAGAAAGGAUGCCCGCAAUGGAGACAGCAAGACCACAAGCCAAUGGAAUUAUUGGGGUAGUAAACGGGGAUCCUGAAGUUGAAGAAGAAAAGCCACAAGUAAUCGAACCUGUAAAUGCCACUCCUCCAUCUGACUCAAGUGCUCUUCUGGAUCUACUUGGAAGCAGUGAUUUAAAUUCGCCAAUAUCGACUGCUCCAGUUAACAAUCUUUCCGCAGCUACAACGCCGGUUACGAAUAAUAAUGAUUUGUUAGACCUGCUUGGAGGUUUAGAUCUGUCAACUGCCUCUGCGCCAACAAUACCUCAACAACAGUCUCCACAGCAAAUUUUCAGUCCUACGAAUACUUCUAACUAUCUCGUAGACGGUUUAUUGAAUUCUUCCUCAAUGCCAAUUCAAAAUGCUCCCGAAAUUCCAAGUAUGGUUGUGUUUGAUAAGCAAGGAUUGAAAAUUACUUUCAAGCUAGAACGAUCGCUUGACAAUCCAGAUUUGUUAGUGAUUAAUAUGGUGGCUCAAAAUUCAGGAAUGUCACCAAUCACUGACUUUUUGUUCCAAGCUGCUGUUCCGAAGACAUUCCAGUUAAACAUGUUAUCUCCGUCGGGUACGGCACUUCCCCCCUCCGGACAAGUUACCCAAGUACUAAAAGUUACAAAUAUAAAUAAGGCAGCAUUACGAAUGCGACUACGUAUAUCUUAUACUGGCACUGCUGGACCCGUCCUUGAACAAGCCGAAGUGAACAACUUUCCUACGACAACGGUGCAGUGACAACACGUGAUACAAAAGCCAAUUGUAUAUACGCCUGCCUAAGAAUUUAAGCACGUCUUGCAUAGACUGAUAAACAAACCAAUCUCAUUUUUACAAUCACGUGUUGGAUCAUCUUCUCAUACGUCGAGAACGCAAUACCACCAUGGAGUUCGAAAGCCACGGAAGCUCGCACGAUGAUUCAAGUGUAAAAAAGAAAAAAGCUCGCUGAUUCUUUACAGUCUCUUCGUGUCGAUUAGGCUUUACAGGAUCGGAUAUAUAUAUUUUAAUGUUUUUUCGAAGGCCGUGAAUACUACAGACGUUUCUUUUUUUACUUUGUAAUUAACGACAAUGUAGAAAGAAAAACAAGACUACAAAUGUACAUAUUAGCUAGAAGGCGUUCACGCGAAAACGUUCGCAAAACUCUGAUAAAUUUUGGGGGAUACAAGCAUUCACGAUUUGGGAAUAUUUUCAUUAGUAUUCAUAUAUGAAUGUAUAAACACGUUCAAAACACUCAGUGAUCCGGCAUAUAGAUGAUCAAUCGUUGUUUACUUUUCUUCUUUUUUUAUCAUCACUAUGGUUUUAAUUAUAAAACUGAUGAGUGCUACAAAUUAUGACGAUUUUUACGGAAUUAAUUGCAGUACGCGAACAAGUUUGUAACAAAUGUCGGAGAUACGAGUGGCGUUGAUAUAUUUUAGUAACCUAUGAUUUUACAGGACAUUGAAGAGCUGUUUGACUGUUUUGAGUCUAUCUUGUUUGCUAUACGUAUAACGUGUAUGCCGGCCCCCUUGCAAUUCUGUAUUUUGGUAAUGUGAUGUGCAGAUUGUGAUAUAUUGUGAGCGCGAUAACUGUAAUUUACAUCUACAAGUUUUGUAUGAAUGUGCACGUUGGCCAGGGAUCAAAUUUAAAAGACAUUUUGUUAAAUUUUAUGGUGCUAAAAAUCAGAUACAUGUAAGUGAAAUCUACAUAAAUAUCAAGCAUAUUAAAAAAGUUGAAUGAGAACAUUUUGAAGAAACUUGUAUUAUUUUAAUAAUUUAUGUAUGAUAUGAUGGUUAAUUUUUUAAAAUGAUUUACAAUAUUUAUUGAUAAGCUAUGAGCAAUAUAUUCAUAAUAAAAUCAAAUUAUAAGAUUGGAAAUAAUUUAUUUAACGAGUCAUUUAGAGCAAUCUUGUAAAGUUUGACGAUUAGUCGAAUUGCGAUUUAAUAACUGCUUUCUAAAAUUUUUUGACUACUUUUCUGUAUGAUACGACCCAAUUGAGCUGCGUACACUGUGAUAAAAUAUUAAUAUUACAGAGACAAUAUAUGUUGUUUAAUGUCGACUACUGAACGAAUGUAUUAUUUAUCAUCGCUAAAACUGUCUCUCCAUUUACGAAAAAUAAGCAUGGUGUAUUGCGUCAAUAAUGAUUUAAUUGUAUUAAAUAUUUAUAUAAUCUUAUGAGAUUGCAAUGUACUUAAAUGGUGAAAUUACCAAAUUUAUGAGAUUGUUUUUUAUAUCUGCGCAAUUUCGCAGAUUAUUAAUAAAAGUUUUUAGUUUAUAAGAAAUAGCUGCCAACUUUAUUGGUUGUAUUUAUUUUGUCUCACAUUCAACAUACCAUCUCAAGGCCAAAAGUAUGAUAACAAUUGUCAGUAUAAUAAUGCGUUUUAGCUCCGUCCCUAUGUGUGUUGUGCGUGAUAAUGAUGAAUGUACUUGAGAAUAGUCAAAGAAAAAACGGUGAGGGUGCAAAUAUUCUGAGUGGCCUUGACCUUGAUUCUGUGACUCGGAAACAGCUUUUCAAUGUAUUAAACUCCGCCUACUUGUUCAUCACAUUAAUUAGUUUUAUAAAUCUAUAAAUAAAUAUAUAAAUAUAUAUAUAUAUAAAUCGAUAAUGAAAAUAAUUAAUGACACAGAUGCUGUAUAUACUUUUUAGUGAAUCAACGUGUGAAAAUAAAGUGUAUUUUUAUUCCACUA